UUAUUUGUUCAUUAACUGGUUCAGUCGCGUACGACAGUCAAAUUCGGCGAAUUAAAAACUACAUACAUACAUCAGCCGGCUUUUGAGCAGUAUAAUACAGAUAAUUAAAGACAUAUUCCCAAAAUGACUGCAUUCGAGGAGUUUGGCGUGCUCCCGGAGCUGGGAAAGGCCACAGACGAGUUGGACUGGACCCUUCCCACUGAUGUCCAGGCGGAGGCCAUUCCUCUAAUACUGGGUGGUGGCGAUGUGCUGAUGGCCGCCGAAACCGGAUCGGGAAAAACGGGUGCCUUCUGCCUGCCCAUCCUGCAGAUCGUGUGGGAGACUUUGCGAGAUCUGGAGGAGGGAAAAGUGGGUAAGGGCGGUGGAAGUGGACUAUCAGUGGCUCCCUGGACCAUGUCAUUCUUCGACCGCGGCAACGCCCUCGCCGUCACUCCCGAUGGCCUACGCUGCCAGUCGCGGGAGUUCAAGGAGUGGCACGGGUGCCGGGCCACCACUGGAGUCCGGGGCAAGGGAAAGUUCUACUUCGAGGCCACGGUCACGGACGAGGGCCUGUGUCGCGUCGGGUGGUCCACGCAACAGGCGAAUCUCGAUCUAGGCACCUGCCGCAUGGGCUUCGGAUUCGGUGGCACCGGCAAGAAGUCCAACAACCGCCAGUUCGACGACUACGGUGAGGCCUUCGGUAAAGCGGAUGUCAUUGGCUGCCUGCUGGACUUGCAACGUUUGGAGGUGAGCUUCUCCAAAAAUGGACAGAACUUGGGAGUCGCCUUUCGCCUGCCGGAGAACUUAGCCAAGGAGACCUUCUACCCGGCCGUGGUUCUUAAAAACGCCGAAAUGCAAUUCAACUUGGGAAAGACUGACUUCAAGUACGCUCCGGGCAAUGGAUUCAUGGGCGCCUGCCAGGCUGGAGCGGAGCACAGCAAGGCCAAUCCACUGGCCAGUCCCGCAGCUGGAUCCGCUUCUGCCAAGCCAGCACCGAACGCCCCCCAGGCCAUUAUUAUAGAGCCCAGCAGGGAGCUGGCCGAGCAGACCUACAACCAGAUUGAAAAGUUUAAGUACCAUCUGAGCAACCCCGAGGUGCGCUCUCUGCUUCUAAUCGGCGGCGUGAGACUGGAGGAGCAAAAGGCGCAGCUGAUGCAUGGCACACACAUCGUAGUGGGCACACCCGGGAGGCUAGAGGAAAUGAUCAACAGCGGCCUGGUGCUGCUCACUCACUGCCGCUUCUUCGUCUUAGAUGAGGCGGACGCCCUUCUGAAGCAGGGCUACACCGAACUGAUUGAUCGACUGCACAAGCAAAUCCCUAAGAUCACAACAGACGGUCGCCGGCUGCAAAUGGUUGUCUGCUCGGCUACGCUGCACGCUUUCGAAGUGAAGAAGAUGGCCGAGCGCCUGAUGCAUUUUCCCACCUGGGUAGAUCUGAAGGGCGAGGAUGCCGUGCCGGAGACUGUGCACCACGUGGUUUGCCUUGUUGACCCGCAGGCGGACACCAGCUGGGAGUCGCUGCGCCAUCCAAUUAACACCGACGGCGUCCACGCCCAGGACAACGUUCAUCCAAGCAAUCCUUCCAAAGAGACGCAGUCGCAGGCUGUGAAGCUGCUCAAGGGCGAGUACUGUGCCCUAGCUAUUGAUAAGCACAAGAUGGACCGAGCCAUCAUAUUUUGCCGCACCAAGCAAGACUGUGACAACCUGGAGAGAUACCUAAAAUACCAGUGUGGUGGGCAACGCUACUCGUGCGUCUGCCUGCACGGCGACCGUAAACCCCAGGAACGCAAACAGAACCUGGAGAUGUUUAAGCGGCAGGAGGUCAAGUUCCUAAUUUGCACGGAUGUGGCGGCCCGCGGUCUAGACAUCACAGGACUACCUUUCAUGAUCAACGUAACGCUUCCCGACGACAAGACCAACUACGUGCACCGAAUCGGACGAGUGGGCAGGGCGGAGCGCAUGGGUCUUGCCAUUAGUCUGGUGGCCACGGUGCCGGAAAAGGUGUGGUAUCACGGCGAGUGGUGCAAGUCGCGCGGCCGCAACUGCAACAACACCAACCUAACCGACGUCCGUGGAUGCUGCAUCUGGUACAACGAGCCGAACCUUUUGGCCGAGGUGGAAGAUCACCUGAAUAUCACCAUCCAGCAGGUGGACAGGGCCAUGGAGGUUCCAGUCAACGACUUCGACGGCAAGGUUGUGUACGGCCAGAAAAAUUUGAACAUGGGCAGCGGCUACCAGGACCAUGUCGAGCAGUUGGUGCCCACCGUGCGAAAGCUGACCGACCUGGAGUUGCAAUCACAAUCUUUAUUUUUGAAACGCCUUAAGGUCUAACGCGAAUCUGGAGCGGUAUUCGUUUGCUAAGCAAGGAGAGGGUAUGGUGAAAUGAGGCGACUGCAUGACCGACUCAUGCGGGAAUACUUUUGCGGCACAGACACACAUAAAUAUUUAGGAAAUCGGAGCUCUAGCUCUGCCAUUACGAGUAAACAUUCAAUUAAACUAACAUUAAAAUCUUC